ACCGAUUGCUUACCGUUGCGCAUCGAUUCAGAAAUAAGGCUCGGGUGUCUACGAGAUUUCCAGUGUUUUGGUAAUGGCGUUUGACGACAACAAUAACAAUGUAAUAUAUGUAUAAUCAACAGACUACGUUAACUCGUUAACCAUAAAACGAUUCAUAACAAUAUCAACAUCGAUUCUGGUACGUCGACGGACGUUUUAAGGUAUUGGUUUACAUUUUGUUCGGUCGAAUGGUGCGGUCAACUGCCGUUUCAUCGUUCAUGCGUUCAUCCAGUUCGCGUCGUGUUCGGCGUAUCGGAUGUGUGACUUUGACAUCCCCGUGAACAUUUACACAUAGACAAGACACAACCACAUAUCCAUUUACGUUUCUAAAGCUUACUAAAGUUGUAGAAUUGGGGCCGCUUCGACAAACGUCUGAGCUACCUGCCCAUAUUUGCUGAUCGAUAAUAUUGUACGUGUGAACUGUGAAGGUAAGACUAUCAAAAUAAAUAAUUGUUUAAUAGCCGUUCGCAAAUCAUCCACUCGAUGGAAAAAAUAUUGUGGUAAAGUCCGCUUUUGGAAAUCUGUUAUUGUAGUUAACAGGUAUAUUUGCGAACGACCGCUUACUACAUACGUUUACUUAAUGUUAAUUAUAGUUUAAUCGCAGUUUGGUAUUGGAUUAUUAAUUUAAUUUUUUAUAUUUUGAUUUUCUCUCAAACAGUAUUACACAUUGGUUUUAUUUAUCUCGUAAUAUGAAUUUCCUGAGGUAUUGAACAAUAAUUUUCAUUAAGUUACUGAAAAAUGUAGAAAAUUAUGUAACUUAUUUAAUUUACAUUUAUAGCCGAAGACUCGAACAUUAGUCGAUCCUAGGUUUGACUGUGUCUAACUUAAAAUGUACACAUUUAAUCUGAUGAUAUUCUAUGCGGUUUUUUCUGUUAAAUUUUCUAAACAUGACAUAUAUUUCCUAUAUGGGAUUCGCACAUUUAAGUUGUUGAUGUCUGAACACAUUUUUUUCUCUUGAUUGUACAAACAUAUACCUAGAGGUUUAUUUCAUUAUGAACAAAUAAAAUCAAUACCUAAACCUCUUUAUGAUAUAAGUAUUUCAUUAUCACUAUCUAUCACAAUUAUAGAUAUUAUAUUUGCUUGUGUGACAAAUUAAAGAGAAUUUAAGAAUGUUGAAUCAAAACUUUUUAACAAUGUGUCAUGAAACUUGAAAUGGCACACUCCCAAAAAACAGUGCUAAAACCUAGUGGGUAGGUACCUACUGUAUUAAAACAUUUGUGUUUUGGCGAUUAACCUGUUCACAUGAUUUUAAAGCAUUUAAUUCUUUUACUUGAGCAUUUAUUUAUUCUUUAUACUAUAUAACUAUAUAAUGAUAUUUAUUUUAAAAGUAUAGAUCAGUGGUUUUCAACCUUUUUAACAAUGUAGCACACUUAUUCUCCUACAAAAUUUUCGCGGCACACCAAUUCAUAUAAUACGUGAAGCAUAUAUUUUUUAAUAUAAUAUAUAUACACAUAUAUACAUAUUUAGGUACACUGUUUACAAUCUACUGUAUUAGAUGGUUAAUUAUUAUGAAAUAAAUUAAUACAAUGAUGAAAAAAUGUGUUGGCAGAAAUAUUUAUUUUUAAAAGAUAAUAAUGUUCUACAUGAAAUAUAAAUUUACCGAUUAAUGAGAUUGUUGUGCUUGACGUGUGGAGCACAAACGUUUUAUUCUAGAACGAACAGUCGACAAGCUAACUCUCAGUUCUUCUUCUACGGAUCUAAGUCGUUCUCUUUUUUUACUUUUUAUUAUUGUGACUGCUGAGAAUCCUUGUUUGCAUAGAUAUGAUGUGGAGAAUGGUAGUAAAAUUUUUAUUGCUUUUAUAGAUAUUUCAGGAAAUUCUGCUUGAGCAUAUAUCCAAAAUUUGUUAACUGUCAUUUUUUUAAAUUUUAACCUAUUAAUAGAUUUAUCCCGGCAAACUUCAAGGGCGCUCGGGGCACACCAGUGUGCCGCGGCACACCGGUUGAAAAACACAGGUAUAGAUUAAAUUGUUUUAUAAUUUUCACAAAUUCUAUAAUUCAUGAAUAAAAGACCAGAUUAUUAUGCAAUGUGCUUAUUCAACAGGCUUUUGAUACUUAUUUAAUUUUUUUGUUCUGUUUGAGUGUGUUUUUUUCUAAGAACUCGCUUUUAAUUUUAACAUUGCAUACAGGUUGUCGCUUUGUACACGUUUUUUACCCCUCAUCCAUACAAAAUUUAAAAAUUGGCUUACUUGAUUAUUAUUAUUAUGAUUUUAUUAAAUAUACUGAAAACCAAAAUGUUGAAUUAGAAAUUUUGUUUAAAUAAAAAAAAUAUGGGAAAAAAGUACUGGCUAGAUAGACUAUAUACUGUAAUACUAUAGUGCUAUGUACUAUAAACCAGCGGUACUGAACCUGUGGUAUGUGAAGAAAAAGUGAAAAAAAGUUAUUACAUUAUUGUCAUAAUGUAUUUCAGCGAUUCAACUGUGGUCCAUUACUAUUGGUUAAUAUUGACUAUGAGAUAUUUUUUAAAAAAAAAGGUAUUGGUAUGGGUAAAGUUUUUGGUUGAGGUGUACAUCAAAAGUUAAAAACUGUUGAUGUAGUUCAUUAAUUCAUUAAUAGUUUUGAACAUAUUUAAUUUUACUUUUAUGUCUUAAAAAUUAUGUAAAUUUAAUAAUAAAAAGUUCCUUACAUGUAAGGUGUAAAAAUAAAAAAGAAGUGUUAAUAACCUUGUCACAUACCAUUUAUGUGAAACAUUUCAAAAUGUAUAAAUGGCAAGUGAAUAUGAAAAGGUUGAGAACCGCUGAUAUAGAUUGUUAAAACUUUAUUGAUAACCAAACUACAUAACUGUUCUUUUGGUAUAGUUAUCAAGAAAUUUGCCAAUGUAAGGUGCAUAAUGUAGAUUUCCCUUUAAAAAGUAACCCAGGGUGGGUUUUAAAAAUUUGUGGGAAAAUUUGCUUUACUAACCUAUUUAAGAAUGAGACAAUUCGAAUAAAUGAGUAAAUUGGUUUACUGGUUAUCAGCAUAACCAGAUGGUUACCAAUUAGUGAUUAUCUCUAUCUCAAACUUGAUAUUUUCCCUUAUUUAAUUUGUUAUUAUCAGAGAUUUUUAACAAUUAAAAUCUCUGGUUAUUACAUUAUUAUUAAUAUUAUCAUGGCUGUAUAAAAUUCUAAAUAUACAUGUUUAUUUAUUAUUUUAAUUUUAUAUUUUAUUUAUCGUUUUUAAUUAUCAUAAUACUCAAAUUCGAAAAAUAAAAGAAGAAAUUAAAAAAAAAAAAAAAAAAAAAAAAAAUUGGCAUCCAUUGCAGUUAAUGAACUUAACCUAACUCAUGGAUUGUUUUACGCUCCACAUCAAUUUUAAAAUGUUCUUCGGUAAAAAAAAAACACUUAUUACACAUCUGAAGUCUAACUUUAAUAACAAUAAUAUGCUUACAUAAAAGAUUAUAUUUAUUUUAGAUUCUAAUAUAAUUCUACUUUGAUAUGACGUAUUUUUGUUAUUUUUUUUUGUGUGAACAACUUUUAUACCAGAAAUUUCACUCCAAUCAUCAACUUUAGAGGUAGUGGUUUCUAGUAAAAAAUAUUUGUCUUGUUAGUACAAAGAGGAAGUUAUUUUUUGAUUUUGUUUAUAAUAUUCUUAAUUAUGAGGAAAAUUCUAGGCAAAAUGUUAGAGAAUUGUUACACAGUAAUGGUUUUUGUUAUUUGAAAUUAAAUUUUACUGAAUACUUAUUAUCUAGUAUUAUUAUAUUAUUAUACAGUGUGUCCCACCAUAUUCAACGGAUUUUUCUAGCACUGAUAAUAUUAAAUAUUUUUUGAUGUUUUUAUUUCAAUUAGUUUGUUUUCGAGGGGGACAUCAAUUUGAAGAAAAAUUAAAUUUAAAUGUUUAACCGUUAGGUAAACUUCAUGAAUAAUAGGUUUAUCUCUUUCAAGAAAAUUAAUUUUUGAAGUUUACAUGGGAUCAAAACAUUUUCCAUUCGUAAUUACUUUUUCUAAUUAUGUAUUAAAAUUUCAAAAAAAAAUUGACUAGUGUCUGUUUAGAAAAAUAAUAUUUAUGAUUAAUAUAAGUUCAAAAAAAAAAUUGAAUGGGAAUUAUCUAUAAGUAUUUGAAUUGUGAAGAAAUUCCUCAGUGAUCUAUUUAAAUAAUGGAAAAUACAAUUUCUUAAAAUUAGCCUUAUACUUUAACUAUUAGGUACUUGUAUGAAUACUUCUUGUUUCUGCUGUUAAUAUUGGUAUUUUUUUGUCACUUUAUUCGUUUUGUAUUGCAUUUUUUCAUUUUAAUCGCAUUUAUCACUGUAUAAAAUAAAUCACAAAAUUUACAUUGUCACAAAGAUUUUUUGAUUUAAAUUCAGACUUUUUGUCAUUUACUCGUAUAUUGUUGACAAAGCAUCACUAUCAACUGAACUCUGCUUAGAAUCGUUUUUUCGUUAGCAAUGGUUUAUCGUUACUUACAGAUGUACAUUAAAUUCCUGUUUACUUUUUUACCUUCCCAACUUAACUAUAAUAGUGGCUCUACACAUCUCCAUUAUGUAUGAAGUCCUUAAGCUUAUAAAUUUGUACAUUUUUAAAAAUUUUGUAUGCAAUUCAAAUGUUCACAAGUUGGAUUUCAUGCUUUUCACCAAUAAAUGAAACACUUGUCAAUAACUAUUUAGAGAAUGUUAUACCCGCCUCCACUGUCUUAGUCCAACGACUGGGUAACAUGUAAAUCAAUGUUUACACAGAAUAAGUAAAACUAGCUUAAUUUUUAUUUUAGAGUAAAAGUACCUAUUAUGACAUUUUUAGAGAACAAUAUUUUGGAAGGAAUGUCAUAGAGUUUUUGAAUUAUUCAAAAUAUACAGUUCGAUAUAAAAGAUACAAAAACCUUUUAUUUUUUACUUUUUAAAUAACUGUAACUUUUUUAAUAGUUCAUAAUUAAAAAAAUACCAAUGUCAUUCCCUCCAAAAUAUUGUUCUCUAAAAAUGUCAUAAUAGGUACUUUUUACUCUAAAAUAAAAAAUUAAGCUAGUUUUACUUAUUCUGUGUAAGUAUUGUUUUUCUAUGUUACCUGGUAGUUUAACUGAGACAGUAGAUGAGGGUAUAACGUCCUCUUAAGGUCGCAUGUUAAGGUAAUUAUUAAGACACUUUUAUACUCUUAUAAUGAAACAUUUUAAAUAUUUUCAAUUGUAGGAUUAUUUAUUUUUGAUUAAGAAUUUCAAUAUUUUAUAACAUUCAUUUUAGAUUCUGAGUGGAGCGAGGAAUGUAUUGAUUUUAGAAUGACGUUUAUCAUUAAAAUGGAAUAAACCGAGAUAAAAACAUGGGAAAAACGAGAAAAUAGAUACAAUAUACUAAACAAAUAUUAAUAAAGAAAAUAUAUAAUGCUUAUGUAAUUAUUUUACUUUAAUAUGACAUAUAUGUAUAUUGUUGAAAAAGCAGUAUUAUCAACCUCAUUUUUUCAUUCUCAAUGGUUAAUCUUUGCUUACAGAUGUACAUUAAUGAUAACCUAUAACUAUACUCGUGACUACUCGCCCUCAUUGUCCUAAGACAGCUCUUUUAAGCUUCUUUAGCCUUUUAAGUACCUAUUAAUACAUUUUACAUUUAGUAUUGUUUUUAGUGAAUACAGCCUAAAUGAUAACGUAAUUUAUGCUAUUGAAUGGCAAUAAUAACAAUAUUUAUCUACUGUUUAGUAAUAAAAUAAUACCAAAAUUGUAUUCAUCUUCCUUAUUGACAGAAACUAAUUUUGAGACUAUUAAAAAUUUACUUUCAUCAUAAUUUUCAUGAAAUUUGGGGGAGAGGUUGAACUCCUAAACCCCCCUCCCUUGUACACGCACCUGCUUUCAUUUUAAUUUAAUUUAACAAUUCUCGUGUUAAUAAAAUAUGGACAUACUUCACAUAAUUCAUGGGCCAAUGUGGUAUGUUAGAAGUUUAAAAAGGUAGGAUAUAAAGUGGAAUUUCAUGGAUAUCUAUAUUCUGUGCGCAACAAUUAGUCAUUGCUUAACGAAGAAUGAUUUUGAGCAGAGUUCGGUUUUACGUUUUUUGAAAGGUUGUAAUAUUUACGAUUUGAAAAUAAUACUCUUCGUAAAUUGUCUGUUUUAACUAGUUUUUCUCAUUUAUUAUGAAAACUCCUUAGAAAAUCAAUAAAUUAACUUUUUUAAUAAACCAUCCCACUCCAAUUUCAUUUCGGAAAAAGUGCUACAUUUGAAAAUCUGAGCAAAAUUUUUGGUAGAUAAGUUGUUUACGGAUUUAAAAAAAAAAAAAAAAAACAUCAUUGUAAAAUCAAACUAAUAUCACUAUACAAAGUAUUAUCUGAUUAACAAAUAAAAUUGUAGUAAUAAAAAAGUACUUUAGAUAAAAUCACUAUUAUUCCAAUAAUUUCAAGUUAAAAAUAAAAUGCUACUGGUGUUGUAGCAAAACAAUUCUUAAAUCAUAAAUUUAAGUAAAUAGUAAAUUAGGUAUACUUAAUAUUUAUGAUUUUUUUUGUUUGGUUAGUUUAUUUUAUAUUUUUUAUAAGUACCUACAUAAUUUACUUCAUUGCGUCUUUAACCUUAAGCAUAUUUUAAGACACUCAUUAUCUCUGAAAGUGUUAACUUUUUCGGAAUUAUCAUUUAGAACAUUUAAAAAUUAUAGUAGCUAUAAAAUAUGAUAUUACUCUUUUUUUUUUGGUCAUCUUUAUUUUAAGGUGGAAAACUACUGUUACGGUGGUACCUACUUUGGAUUUUUAAAUGACAACCUAUAAUACAAAUGAGAAAUCUUUGGUAAUCACUGGGAAAAUUAUGGUAUUCUGGAAUCUGGUGUACACAUUAUUCAUAGGUGAUUUACACUCUGGGUUUUACUAUGAUGUGUGUUUUUGUAUUUUUUGUAUCUGUAAACAGUUCCUAGCAAAAUAAGAAAAAUGUAACGGUGAGCAAAGAAAAAAGGAAAAAUGCCCAACCUAUCUGUUGGUCAUUCACUCAUAAGUUUAUUAUAAAAAUAUUAAAUUUACAGAACUUUAUAAAUGUUUAAAUGUUGACCCUGUAGUCUUGGCGUCAUUGGUGCAUGAGUUCCUCUUGCACCCUCCUCGGCACGGCCCUAUCAGUAAACAGCUUUUCUGAAAGAAAAUUUCACCCAGUUGGUACAUUAGAUAGGCCAUUUUUCUUCCAAGGAGUUUUCAAAAUAAUAGAUACAACUACAAAUAUGUUUGGCACACUGUGGUUUUACUGAUUUUGUUGUUUUCAAUUUUUUACAAACCUUGUUUUCUACCAGAAAUAUUGCUCCAAUAUAAAAACAACAAAGGGCCCUUUUUGUUGCAAUUUUAAUCCAGUUGGUGAUUGAGAACGUUAUUUUUUGAUUUUACCUGUAGUUUUUUUAAAUAUCUGAACAAAACCGAAAAAAAAACUGUCCUAGGAUAAUGAGGACGGGCGUAGCCGCUAUUAAAGAUGAGAACUUAGGAAGGUAGUUGAAAAGAAAUUUAAUGUAUGUCUAUUUGCAAUGAAUAACCAUUGCUAACGAAUACACGAUUCUAAACGGAGCUGGUUGAUUGUUGUAUUCCUUUGCCAACAAUAUAUAUGCCAUAUUAUGGUAAAAUAUACAUAUAAAAAUAAAUAUAUUUUCUUAAAUAAUAUUUAUUUAAUAUUGUACCUAUUUUCCCGUUUUUCCUACAUUUUUCUCAGUUUUCCCCAGUUUUUCCCAGAUAUUAUAAAAAUUGAUUGGAAAAUAAAAAUAUGACCUCUAUAAAAUACCGUGUAGAUAAAAUUUCCUUUCAGAAAAUGUGUUAUACUUGACACAUCGGAGUAAGAUUUCUGGUAAAAAAAGUUUGCAUAGCAAAUCAGGAGGGGGUAUUUUUCGAUUAAAAUAGUCCGAGCGAUCGAUGAUUUGGGUUUCUACGUACACCCAAAAUUUAUUAUCCCUGUUUAGAUAAAUGGUAAAAAACAAAUGUAAAUAAAUUUUUUUCCAAACUCUGUUUUGAACUCGCGAUCUCUAUGAUGACCGUAGGUAAGUGUCACUAUAAGACAACACUAUACAUUCCCUAUGAUUGACAAUAUAGAGUUAUUUAAUAUAACAUAUAAAAUUCGCAUAAUAUCAGAACUUCAAAAAACUAAAAUUUCGAAACUAUAUCCGCCCUAUUCUGAUUUCCCCAUCGUUCUUAAAUCGGCAGUAUAUAAAUAUGUUCAAAACAAAAAAAUUUAAAAAUUAUUAGAUUUGUUCCACAUAAUUUUUACUCGAAACGAUUUUCGCCAAAGUUUGAUAUUUAAUAUUAAAAUUCCUUAAUAAAAAAUUACUACAUUAAGCUCAAAUGUUUUGUUUAAUCACAAAGUAUGACUUUAAAAUAAACCUUAUGUUAAUUUUUCAAGCAUUUCUGUUUAGUCUAACAAUUUUACCACAGAGUAGUACCUACUGAAUAAAAAUAAAGUAUACAAAUCGCAAAAUUAAAAUGUCUAUAAAUAGCUCAAAAAUGGUUAAAAAUAUUUCGGCUUUCUUUUUUCCUGUGAACAACUUUUCUACCAGCAUUUUUGCUCCGAUUUACAAUAAUAAUAGCACUUUUUCUGAAAGAAAUUUUAAUGGGAAGCUACUUUAAGGAUAUCAUUUUUUGAUUUUCCCAAAUGUUUUCCUGCAAAUAUGAAAAACUGGGGAAAACGUAGGAAAAGCAGUACAAUAUUAAACAAAUAUUUUUAAAGAAAAUAUUUAAUGCCUAUUUAAUUAAUUUACCAUAACAUAACAUGUAUAUUGUUGACAAAGCAUCACUAUCAACUAAAUUCCUCUCAGAACUGUUUUUUUUUUGUUAGCAAUGGUUUAUCAUUGCUUAAAGAUAUACAUUAUAUUCCCUACCUUCUUAACUUACCACCUACAACAGUGGCUUCACCUGUCCCCAUUAUCCUAGGACAGAUUUUUUCAUUGUACUUUCCACAGUAAACUUAAGCAUAGUUAUGCUGGGUUAGAAUAGUUUUAUGACUAUGUUUUUAAAUUUCUUAUUUUAUAACAUCUUACAAUGUAACUAUUUAGUUUAAAUUUACCUAUCAGACUCAUUAUUUAAAUUAUUUUUAGCAUUUUUUUCAAGAUGUCCUCAAAAAAACAUUUUACUCCUAAAAUCAUGGUCUUCAGACCUACUUGGAGUGAAUUCCAAAAUUUUAGUAACUACAUUUCUUAUAUGGAGUCACAAGGAGCACAUAAAGCUGGUGUUGCUAAAGUAUGUAAUCAUAAAUACAAUACAAUUCUUUGAUUUUUAAAUUUGUUUUACAGCUUUUUAAUAUUUUGAUUUUAGGUUAUACCACCUCCUGAAUGGGUGCCAAGGAAAAGGAGUUAUCUGGAAGAUGAUAUACUGAAUAUAAAAAUUCCAGCGCCAAUCUGUCAAGUAAUAAUGAGUUUAAAUACUUAAACACUUAGUUUAGAAACUAUUUAUAUUAAUUAUAUUAAUUUUAGGUGGUCCAAGGUAAACAAGGCUUAUAUCAACAACUUAAUAUACAAAAAAAACCUAUGACAGUAGCAGAAUAUAAAACUAUGGCAGAAUCUGAAGAAUACAAGACACCGGUUCAUUUCGAUUAUGGAGAUUUAGAAAGAAAGUACUGGAAAAAUAUUGUCUACAAAUCUCCAUUAUAUGGUGCAGAUGUAUCAGGAUCAAUAACUGAUAAAGAUGUUGAUGUAUGUUUUUGUAGAAAUAUACCUAUCUGUAGUGUGAACAAAAAGAGAAUGCUAAUAGUAGUACUUCAAGUUUAAAAUAUUCAUGAAUGUAUAGAAAAUUAAAAUGAUAAAGUUAUAAAAUAUCAUCAUAUUAUGAUGACAUUUUCUGCAAAUGUAGUUAAUACUAAAUUGAUGUACAGAAAUAUAUUUGCGAAAAAAAAAAAUAAUAUUAAUAUAAUUAAGGCUCUAGUCGAGAUACUAAUAAUAUAAAAUGAAUUAUUUUAUUUUUAUCAUGAACAUUUUUAUUAGGCUUUACCUAAUUUGUUUUACUCUAUAUUUUUUUUUGUUUACACAAACCUAAUUCAUGAGAUGAGAGUAGUAUAAUAUUAAGAACCCUUGGUUUAUUAUAUAAAUGUACUCUAGGUUAAUUUAUUUUGAAUGUAGUUAAAUUUAUAAAAAAACAUUUUAAUUUAAUUCAUUUAAAUACACAUUUUAUUAUUGAAUAAAGGUGUGGAAUAUCAAUAAGCUGGGUACAGUAUUGGACUUUGUGAAUGAAGAUUAUGGAAUUAGUAUAGAAGGUGUCAAUACAGCUUAUUUGUAUUUUGGUAUGUGGAAAACGUCUUUUGCGUGGCAUACUGAAGAUAUGGAUUUGUAUAGUAUAAAUUAUAUUCAUGAAGGCUAUCCAAAAACAUGGUACUAUAAUUACUUUUAUAUUUUGAAAUGCUGUUAAAUAAUAUUAAAAUUUAUUUUAGGUAUGCAAUUCCCCCAGAGCAUGGGCGUCGCUUAGAAAGAUUAGCUAAUGGUUUUUUCUCAACCGAUUAUACCCAGUGCCCGGCAUAUCUUCGACAUAAAAUGACUGUUAUAUCACCCCAUCUGCUAAAGCAGUAUUCUAUACCAUUUAAUAAAGUAAGGCACUAAUGUUUAUUUAAGGAUUAUCGUUAGGAAGAUCAAACUUUUUUAGUCAACACAUUUUAUAUUUAUAUGGUUUUCAUAAGGCAUAUUGUUCUUCGGAAAUUUGUAUUUAUAGUUUAAUAUUUAGUUUUAUGAUAAUUAUCAAGUAAAUUAUAGCUUUUAAUUUUCAUACACAAUACAAAAGAAUAAAAUAAAUUUAUUGAAUAAUUUUGUAAAUGUAUAUUGUUGGUAGUAUAAAUAAUUGUACUUAUUUAUUAUAAUAGGUUUAAUGUUAACUAAAUAUUAUUACCGUCAUAUUAUAUUUAAAAAGAAAAUUCAAAUACAUUAUGUAAUAUUUAUCUGUUUAUUUUAACUGUUCUGCAUUAACACCAACUUGAGAAAUUUCAAUUAAAACCUCCAGACGAUAAACAGGAGAAGCACCACUUUCAGCAAUAUUGCGUUUUUCAGUGGAACAUUGAGACAUGGGUUUAAUUUAAUAUAUUUCAUAACUUGAACAUUUUUAUUGUGUUUAAAUAUAGCUUGGGGCUCGAUUUAAGUGAGUUAAAUUUAGUUUUUGUCUGUGUAACAACAGGACAUGUGUAUAUUCUGUCAUAAUAAUAUGGUUCCUAAUUGCUGUAAAUAUUUUCCACGGUUAUAUUAUUACACCACGUUUAUAUCACUAUUUCAUUUUUAUAGAUAAAUUUUGUCUGUGUUUAUGAUAUCAUUUACCAUUUAGUUAACAUAAUAAUAUUUUCCGAGUGCGUGUUUGAAACCUGUGAAUUCGCCCCCCCCUCACGAUACCCGAAUUGUGUCUAUGCAUAACAAUAUUAAAAAUUUAAGGUCAGAUGCCAAAAUUCCAAAUUCAAAUUUUAUUUUAAAAAUGAUAAUAGGUUUAUUGAUUUGAAAAGACAAGUGGAACAACUGGUCUACAUGUAUAAUUUCACCAAUACGUAUAGAAAAUGUAAAACAUGGUAAGUUGAUUUUUAAAUGCCUCUCUUGAAGAGUAUGUGCAGUGGCGCUUGUCCCGUUGUUCGUUCGGAGGCUUCAAUUUGAUAAAAUACAAUAAAAAAUAAUAAUGGUGACUAAUGUAUUGGUUUGGUAUGUAGGUAUUACUUUUGACAAAAUUUGAUUAUAACAAUAUUGCAUUAGCCUUAUAUUUUUAAAUGAUUUUAAUGGAAACAUAUCUGUAGUUUAGAAAUAAACUGGCUACUAAAAUUAUGUUUAUUAUUGGUUUUUCUUUUUGAAAAUUGAUAAAAAAAUUUGAUUUUCGGAAACGGAAAAAAAUGUGUUUAUUAUAUGGAGCGUAAACUAGAUUAUUUUUCAAUUUCAAAUAUCUAAUUACAUAAGUUAUUAUUAUGUAUAUUGUAUUUUUAUGUAGUUCUAUUAGUAUAUUAUAUUACAUUCGCAUUAAAUUUGAACAUAUUUUUAAUGAUUUUAGAUAACCCAAGAGCGUGGAGAAUUUAUGAUAACUUUUCCUUUUGGAUAUCAUGCUGGUUUCAAUCAUGGCUUUAACAUGGCUGAAUCUACAAACUUUGCAUCACCGCGUUGGGUAGAGUAUGGAAAACGUGCUUCACAAUGUCGUUGUCGUCAAGAUACAGUAAAAAUAAGUAUGGACACGUUUGUUAAACGUUUACAACCUGAAAAGUAUGCAAUGUGGCUUCAAGGGAAUGAUGUUGGUUGUCAUCCUGAAGAUCCUUCACGUUCAUUUGCAGCACCUCUUCCUAGUGAAUGUGAUAUAUUAUGCAACAAGAAGUAAAUAUUUUGAAAACAAUAUAUCUAAUUCAUAGUGAAUAAAUUUGAAUGUAAUAAAUAAAUCAAAAAAUAUUUUUCUUUUUAUUGAAAUAUAUUAAAAAGUAAAAUAUAAAAAAAUUAAUAUAGUACAUAGUAGUGGUUCCAAACCCAAUUGUGGGCUCCGGGCCAUAUGGUACUUUGCAGUGAUGAUGAAAUUCAAUGUAUCAGAAAUCUUCUUGAAAAAAUGAAAAUAUCAAGUGAAUGAAAAGGAUUUGUUGAUAAAACUAUCAUGUGACUUGACAGAAAUUGUAUUUAAAACUACAAAAUUAGUUCUAUUCUGGCUAAGUGUUGGGCAACACUAUCCAACAAAGUGUCGAAACUGCAUUAAUAUACUUGAUGAUAGGCUUUUUGUCAACCUAUCUGUGUAAAAUAUAAUGCAAUAUAAUAAUAUAAUAUCAAAUAUAAUUUUUGAAAAAUAAAUAUGGAAAUAAAAUGAAAGUUAAGAGUGAUUUAAGGUUAAAACUAUCAAGUUUUAAUCCUGAUAUUGACUCAUGGGGGGCAAUGUCAAAAAUCAUAUCAAAUUAUUUUAAUUUUGAGCAAGAGAUUGGUUUUACCAUGUUUUUUUUUUUUUGUCUGUGAAAACAACUUGAUUAGAAAUUUAGCUCCAAUCAAAAAUUAUUGAAAACUUUUUUGUGAGUAAGAUGAGUGGUUGGUAAGUUUUUUUUUUGAUUUUCCAUUUAGUUUUCUUAAUAAUAAUUGACCAAAACCGGGAAAGAACGAGAAAGUUUACGACAAUAAUGGUUAUAUUAUUUUCAACUUCAUAUUUUUGAAAUAACUUAGUUAAAAAUAUUCAUAGAAACAUGAAAUUUUAACAAAAAUCAUAUAUUUGUUUUUUCUAGACUAAUUAAAAUUGUUGAGGUAUUUAUGUAGUUUUUGUAUCUAGGUUUUUUCAUACAUUUUUAUUUGGUAGAGGUACUAUGUCGAUGUAAUUGUUUGACCAAACAAAAAUACUUGCCAAUUUAACAAGUGUUUUAUAAGUUGUAUUUAGUAAUAAAAAAUAAAGUAGUUUAUGUAGUCAUUUUUUUUUUUUUUAAUAUAAUAAGAGUUGAUUUCAAAUUUUAACAAAAAUUACUAAAAUUUUAAAUAUAUAAUCAAACUUUUCUCGAAAUAGUUUUUUGUUAGCAGUAGUUAAUCUUUGCUGACAGAUAUAAAUUAAAUGCCUUAAUGUAUCCUAUCUUUCCUAUGUCUCAUCUACAUCAGUGGCGAACCUUCCAGCAGUGUCGCCUCUUUUAAUUUUGAUGUCUUGUCUUCAUAAAGAAAUUGUUUUUUAAUUUGUCUUUUAAAAUAUAUUUUUCUAAUUAUUUAAAUAUGUAUAUAACAUUUUUUAUAUGUUUUACUUAUGCAUUAAGUUAAUGGGCCUUUCUUUAGUGCUUGAUCAAAAUGUGUUAAGUAAAGAAAUAAUAACAUUUUAGUGGAGUUUAUUAAUUUUUUUUUCUAUUUUUCAUCAAAUCUAAAUUAAAGUUCAAUCUAAGUUAAAAGAAAAAAUAUGAUUUCAUUGAUUUUAAUGACUAAUCAUAGAAAGUUACUUGUCAUAUAUGUGUAUUAGUUUAAGAAAAAAUGUAUUAUUAAACACUACCUUAUUUAGAAAUAAUACACAGAGCUGAAUCUAAUAAAUAUAGAAGUACAUUUUUAUAUUUUACUCCUUCAGGUCAUAAUAAAUUCAUUGAAUCAUUAAACAACUUUGAGAUGAUUUUAUGGUUGCAUUUGUCCAACUGCUCACAAUUUAAGGGGAAUAUAUUAUUUAGAACUAAGUUUACCAACAAUAACAUUAUCUACAUAACUACUAUCUGCAACAGUUGAUUCAUCAAUAGAAACCCAAAUGCAAAUGGGUCCAUUCUGUGUAUUUUGUCUAAUCGUAAAAUCAAAGUUAAAAUCUAUUCAUAAAUUACAUCACAUAUUUUUUCUUAUAGUACUUUAAUCUGGAAUUUCUUGCUAGUAUAUUACUCUUAAAAAUCUUUCAAUGCUAAAUUUUUUAGUUUAUAAAUCGGAAUGUCUGAAUAAAUAAAUGCUCUGCAUAAAUUAUUAUAAUAUGUUGAUAAAUUUUAUACUCAGUUAUAGAUAGCGAUGAUUUUAAAAAAUGUUUUAAUUUAAUGCUCUUUGUUGUGUAUAUGUUUUUGUAGUAAAAAUAUGUUAACUUAGUUAAAAAAAUUGUUCUAUUGAUAUCGCUUUUUGACAACAUUUUCAGUACACAGUUUUAAAAACUGACACUAUUUGUAUGUAAGAAGAUAAAAAAAGAUCAGCUACGAUGUAAAGAAUACCACUUGAUCAGCAGUACCUAGGAAUAUACUGAAAAUUUACCAACUUAUCAACAUUGUUUAUGGUAGCGGCAUAAAAGCACGUAAAUGCCAUUUAAAUAACACAGAUUAUUUUUGCCGUCAUUGAUAGUCGACAAAAUAUCAAAAAUUAUUCAAAUAUUUAUAAAAUAGUCUUGUACUUCUUACCAAAUAUAGACAAUAAAUUUGUGUUUAUUUCAAUUAGAAUAAUCUAAAUUAUAACAUUUUUUUAUCAUAUUAAAAAUAUUUGAUUACAAUGAAAUACAUUCCCAAUAAUUAUUAAAUUUGUUGAUUUUAUUAUUAUUAUUAUUUUUUUUUAUGUAUAGCAAUGCUGGUAUUCCAAAAGUGUAUGUUGAAGCUGGAAGAAAACGCCAUCCUGUAACACACAAACUUCCAGAUUCUGAAACUGAUGAUCCAUCCUAUGCAAAUAGAUCUGUAUAUGAACCUCCUGUAGAAGUUAGAGAAGCUAUAAAAAAAUUGGACGACAAAGAAUUUGAACUCCAUGAAGAAGAACUUGAUGAUGAACAGAGAGAAGUAAUGGAAGAUAUAUGGAUAAAAGCUGAAGAAAUGGGUAAGAAAUAAAAUUAAAAAUGUAAAAUGUAUUUAUUCUUUGACCCAAUUAAGUCAUUUUUUUUUUUUUUUUUUUUUUUUUUUUGUAGAACCUAAAGAACUUUCUUAUAAUAAUUUAAAAUCUGGACUUAAAAGAAAAAAUGAAAUUUUGAAAAAUCUUGAUUUUACGAGUGACAGUGAUUAUAGUUAUAAUUCAGAAAAGAAAAAGAAAAAGAAAAAGUCAAAAAAGAAAAUCUGUAAAAAAAAUUCAAAAUCAAAAAAAUCCAAAAAAAAAUCAAAGGAAUUAACAAAGGAAUAUAAACCAACUAAAAUGUUACCCAUUAUUCCAUCACCUGUUAUGCCAUCAUUAGAUAUUCAACCACCAGUUAUCAAUAGCUUCCCCAAUGAAGUCAGUGACGGAUCUAUACUACAACAACAUUACACUUCUCAUUUAAAACGAAAAUAUGAAGAAAGUCAAAGGGAAAAACAUUUUAAGGGACAUAAAGAUUUAGAAACAAUUUUUGGAACAAACAGUAAUGUAGAUAUUUCAGUGCAUACAAACAAAAGUAAAAAUAUGUACAAAGAACUAAAACCAUUGUCGCCAAUUAUGUUUGAUAACUUGUCUACCAACUCACUUAAAUCAUUUGAUAAUACUACAGUAAAUUUAGUACCAUUAUUGAAUUUUAAGUCCGGACAACAGCGUGUAAAUGUUGAAAAACUACCUCCUGAACCUAUACUUCUAAAACCACAUGGAAAAGAUAAUGGCAUUGUUGAAGGUGUGUUUCAGUUACUUAAUUAAAGUAUUGUUAGAAAAAUUUUAAUGAUUAGUAAUUUUUUAAGUCUGUGGAAGUAUUUGAGCAUUCUGGUAUCUACUUUACCACAAGCAUUCCCCAUUUGUGAUUGGUCCAUUUAAAUUAUGUAGCUUUUGUUGUAAGAUAUCGAUACAUCAAAAAAUUGUUGAUGGAUUGGUCGGUGGCCUUAACCAUUGUUGUCAAAUUUAAUUAUGAUAAUUACGAAAGAAAUUAUUUGCACUUUUUUAUAAUUUUUUCUCUGUGGUUUUGCUUAGUAUACUCGUAUUUUAUUUUUAAAACUAUCAUCAGUUUACAAAACUAUGAUAAAUCAAUUUUACAUUGAUAACAGCAACACAAUAUUUCUGCGUGUCUUCUAUAAGUUAAGUGCAAUAAAUUUAAAUUGAUCUGGUGCCAAAGUGGAUUUAAGAAUGAUAUUUUGCAGGAUGAAAUUAUAUUUAUUAAAGAUUUCUAUAUUGUAUAUAAAAUAGUUCCAUAUAAACUAAUAUACAUUUGAACUUAGUUGUAAACUAUUCGGUGGUAUUUUUCCCCUUCUAUUGUAUCAAUAGUUAUUUGUUGCCUUUUAUAUUGGGCAUUUUUUUUUUAAACUCGGUUUAAUUUCAUAUUGAUCAUUUAAAUACCUAUUAUAAGUAAUUUAUUUUAUAUUUGAUACUAAUCUGCCAAUUAAGAAUUAAUAAUGUAAUACAUUUUUAUUGGUAGUUUGAAUUAUAAUAUAAACGACUUUUUGAAAAACCACAAUUACUAAUAACAAAUCAAGCGACAUCUAAUAUGUGUUAUGUGGAUAAAAUAUGAUUCUAUAUAAGUGUAUAUAUGUAUUCAAGAUAAUAUAUAUGAAUCAUAAAAUUUAAUCAUAUUUUUGCUAUAUAACAAUGUUUCAUCUUAAGUACAUUUCUUUUGUAGGAUGCUAUUUAUUUAUUUUGUUUUAGAUAUUGAAAUUUGUUAUAUAUAUUCAAACAUUCUAUUACCAAAUUAUUAUUUUUCGCCACACAAAUACUGCUCUACUACUUUCCUUCUGCUUAAACUUAAAAAUGGUAUAUUUAAUAAUUAAUUCUGAGUUUCGUGUAAAAUUAAAAUAUAAAUUAGACUUGCAAAAACAAUAUAAUAUUAAAUUGUGUGUAUAUAUAUAUAUAUAUUAGAUUCUAAGGGAGCGAAGAAACUCAACGUUUAAUAAUGUUUAUUUUUUUUUAUCUGUGAAUAACUUUUCUACCAGAAACAUUGCUAUAAAUUAAUAAUGACAGCACUUUUUCUUAAAGUAAAUCUGACGGGGGGGUGUGCUUUAGGGAGGUUAUUUUUUAAUUUCCCCAAGAGUUUUCCCAGUAAAUGGGGAAAAUCCAGAAGCACCGAAAAUAGGUACAUUAUUAAACAAAUAUUAUUAAAUGUUUAAUUUUAAUUUUAUUGCAACUAUUUUGACAUAUAUAUUGUUGACAAAGCAAAAAUAUGAACUGAACUCCACUCAGAAUUAUUUUUUCGUUAGAAAUGAUUAAUCAUUGCUUACAGAUAUACAUUAAAUUCUCGUCUAUUUCUUACCUUCCCAACUUCCCUGCAACAGUGGCUGCACUCAUCUCCAUUAUCCUAGGAUAGCUUUUAUGGUAUACAAAUAUACUUUUUGUUUCCAGUAGCAAGAGUUCAAUCGCCAUAUGCUUCUAUUGGACCUUUGCUCAACUCUAUCUGCACACUAUCUACUGAACAAAUGUUUAACAUCUAUAGAAGUAUACAUAAUCCAUAUUGUUCAUUGUGCAUGAUGUUUACUCAUAAAAAGGUAAAUGAAAUAAUAAAAACUUAUAUAACAUACUUGAAUCUGAAAACUUAAAAUUAUUUUUUUUUUUUAAUAAUUAUUCUUUUGAAAAAAAAAUGUACUCUAACUUUUUUUUGUUUACCUCAAUGUAAAUUAUUAUUGUAUAUUGUAAACUAAUAUACACAAAUGUAUUUCAAUAAUAGUUAUACAAUUUUUUUAUUUAGGCACCUUUCCUUGAUGAUUGGCAAACCAUAGCAUUAUCUUACAGCAACUGUUUACCUCCAGUGCCCGUAAUUAGUCCAAUAAUAUACAAACAAGUAAUUUCUGACGAAAUUGAAAAGUCUAAGGGACAUCUCUUUAGAUGCGGAUCUUGUUUAUUGACUGUUCAUUCAGUGUGUUAUGGUAGCAGUUCAAUGAAGGGUACACCUUGGUUAUGCAAUAGGUGUCACGCAAGCUCUAUGGCUGCUGUAAGUAUAUUACACAUUUUAUUAUAAUUUAUUCAAACCACGGUUAUUUAUAUGUUUAGUAAACAUAAAUAUUAUUAUAUAUUAUUAUAUUUAAUAAUUAUAUAUGAAUAUAUGUAUUUUGUAUUUUAUUCUGUAGUAUGUGACAUAAAGUGAAAUUGAAAUUGAUAAAGUUGUUACUUAAUUGAUAUUUCUUCAUUACUUCUCCAUAAGGCAAGCUUUCUAUUGUAGGGAAUCAAUAAUAGAAUAUAUUUGAUUGAAGGUGGUAUCCCAGCGAUGUACUGUGUCAUAUUCUGGUUGGCUAUUGUAAUCUUAGUAACACUCAGUAACCAAGACCUACUGGAAAAUUCCCAGAGUUAGGCUGAUAUUAUCUUUUCUCUCGUUCUCUCGUUUGGCUUACACAAUAAUCGGUUGAUUUUUUUUGGUGUUAUAUAUAUCGAUGGAUACAAUGUAACAAGAAUGUUGAACAAUGUUGCAAGAAUACUGUCUGGAGGGUUACCCAAACCAUCUCUGUAACCAUAAUCAAACCUCAAUUAUUAUUUAUUUUUAAUUAGUUAUUGUUAUAAAUGAUGAUUUUUAUAUAAAAAAUAAAAUUAUGGUUAUUCAUACUUGUAUAAUAACAUGAAAUUUGUUGAUAGGAUUGUAUAUACUGUCCAUUAAAAGGUGGAGUUCUAAAACAAAUUUCUGCAAAUCAGUGGGCCCAUUCUGAAUGUCAGCUUCUCGUACGUGAAAGUAAUCUUUAUUGUACAUCUGAUUAUUCUACCAAUAAAAAGGUAUAGCAAAAAUAUCAAUUUUACAUGAAAAUAUUUUGUUAAACAAUUUAAUGACGUUUUACAGUGUAUUGUGUGCAAUUUAACCUGUGGCAAUUGUUUUCGUUGUUCUAAAGAAAGUUGUAACUCCUGGUUCCAUGUUUCAUGUGGAAUAUUUGCUGGAUUUUAUUUUAAAAUGGAACAAUUUAAACGUAAAAUUUUGGUUUACUGCGAGAAACAUAAGCAUACAUAUAUCAAGGUAAAUUCAAUUUAAUCUCGUCAGUGUCUAUUAUUUAAUAUUGAUUUUUUUUUUUUUAGGAAAAGGAUAUUCAUAAAAACCAAAUGGUAUGGAUAAGACAUUUGGAACACAAGAGGAUUGUUCAAUGUAAAAUCUUAAAAAUUGAUCAAAUUCCUUUUUGCGUCGUAAAAUUCAGCGAUGGUUCCAUUUCUGACAAUAUUGAAAUUUCAGCAAUUAAGGUAGUAAUAAUUUGUAUUUUAUUAAUAGCAAUUCUUAAAUUAUCAUUUUAAUUUAAAUAACUUCUUGAAAAUUUAAUUAUAAAUUACCAUAUUUCUUAGUCGUAUAAUAAUAAUUAAUGUUUAUUUGGCUAUCUUAUAAAAAUUAUAUGUAAAAAAAAAAAAAAAAAAAAAUUAAUGGAAGCCGUUUCUGUGGAACUAACUGCCACUUAUGACACAGUGAGUUCACCACAGAAGGCUAUAAAGAACAAAAUUAACAACACUUCUAACUAAGGAUUUUAAACUCGCAAGUAUGGUAGAAAUGUUAUUAAGCAAUAAUCCCUCCUACGUCAGCCUCCUGGGGAAACAGUAGAUAAAGAAGUUAACAUAAUGGAUAAGCCCAAGGUAUUGUACUAACUUCUUUUUAACAUUUACAUUUCCUACCAACCAAUAAUCUUCUACACCAAACAUUUCUUUAAUAUAUAUACAACAAUAAUAGCAAAAUGUAAUUUUUUACUUUUGAAAACUGAAAAAUACCUUACAAAAUCAAUUGUUAUGUGUAAAACACAGUAAUUAAGACAAAAACCAACAUUGCAUGGAUAUAUAAGAACAAAUUGAAGUCAAGGCAUAGUUACGCAAUACUACUAAAACUUUAUAAAUGAAACCCUAUGAACAUAGAAAAACGGGUACAAAGCAGACAUACCAUGACAAACUCAAAACAUGAGAGAGUGGACCUCUAAAAAGAAACAAAUGUUGAAGUAAUGGAACUAAUUAAUUAUUGACUCAAAAAAGGAAUUUGACAUAGCAAACUGACAAUGAAAAUAAAAAGAAAUCGUUAAAUAUGUAUGUUUGUAAAAAGCAUUUUUAACAAAAUUAUUUUGAUUUAAAAAAUAGUGUUUUGUAUCAACAUUAUAAGUGACUCAAGUGACAGAUGAAGUUUUGUAUAUCUAUUCAAUUUUAUUUCAUCGUUUAUAUAUUUCAUUAUUUCUUGGAUCUUCUUAAAGUGCUUAUGAUCUGCAGCAUUUUGCAUUUCAAUAUUUUUACUAGUUAGUUUUGGGUGUUUGUUGUGUUCAUUAUUAUAAUUUAAUUAAUUUCAUUAAAAUAUUUAGAAAUAACAAAAUACUUUGUAAUAUUUUCAGAACUGUAUUAAUGAUUUUUCACUUUUCAACAAAGAAAUUGAACUACAAGGUGGCAAUAAAGGUUUGUUCAUGGGAAUACAUUAUAAACCAAUAUUUAAGGUAAGUGUAUAUUUUAUUUUUAAUGGUUUUUGAAAUUUAUAAAUAAUAUUAUCAUACAUACCAGGUCAAAUAUGAAGACGGCACACCUGGUAGUAUUUGCCUCGAUGAUAUAUACUGCAGAGAUAAAUUCCAUAUAAAUAGUUUCAUGAAUGAAUGCAAAGAAGGAUUUGGUUAUUAUAUAAAACAACUUAAAAAGUUUAAAUAAUUGAUUUUUAUUUAUAUGACUUGGUAAUUCACAUUAUAUAGACAAAGGACUACACAAAAUUUUUGUAAAUACUAAAUAAUAAUUUUAAAAUCUGUAUCUAUUUUAUUAGUGCGGGAUUCAACUAAUAAUUAUUUUAUAGUUUUUGUUAAACAAAAACUAAUUAAUAGGGGUUUCAAACUUAAUUUUUUUCUUUUAAAUAUAUCGUAUUUCAUUUAAAACUAUUUUAACCACCUUAACUACUAUUGCUAUUAUAUUGCUCUAAUCUAAUAAAUAAAUAUAUAGCCUACUUGAACUUCCAAUAUAAGUACCUACUUUUAUUGGGUUUUUUUCUGAUUGAUUCAUUUAAUAUUGUUAUAAGUAUUAUUUUAUAAUUGCCAUUUUUGUAACAGACAAAUUGUGGCCGAUAUUUUAUUUUGUAUUAAUUAUAAUUUUAUCAACAUUUUUUAUUUUUCAUUUAAAUAUUGUUCCUGCUGAUUUUUGUUUGCCCUUUCUAAUUUUUAAAUUGGCAUUAAAUCCUUAUAUUGAUACUUAACAGAAACAUAUUGUGUGUCAAUGAAAAAGUAAAUUUUAUUUAGAAUUACAGCAACAAAUUAUUUAUGUUUUUCAUUGGCAAAUUAAUUUUAAGGAAUAUUUAACUUUAAAUAUUGUAUUAUUUUGCAUAGCUCUUAAAUUGUAUGAAAUUUUGUUUGUGUUCGUGACCAUUAUGGUCGGUUACUAUUAUUUUUAGUGUACUAUAUUAUAUUAUAUUAUAUUAUCCAAUAUAGUUAUUUUAAAAUAGAUAAUUUGUGUUUAUUUCUGUUUGAUAGUUAAUUAAAAUUGUAUUGCCAAGUACCAAUAAAAUAAAAAAUAUAGUUUAAGAAGUUUGCAUGUGAUCUCAUGAGACAAACGUAAUUAUAUAAUUUGUUAGUACUAUCGAUGACUUAUCAAUAUACAAUUAGUGUAUUUUGGUUAAUACUGUACCCACCAACUUUAUGCAAUUACUAAUGAUAUCACAUUAGAUCACUGGCGAUAAUAAUCAAUAUUCUUUAGUUUUAAUUUAAUAUUCAUUACAGUACUUGUGUGUGUGCCCAUAAAUACAAUAGCUUUUAAACCCAUUUACAUGUGUAUAUUGAAUAAUAUGUUUAAUGUAUACUCACACACACACACAUAUAUAUAUAUAUAUAUGUUUUUUUUUAUUUAUACGAAAUUAAAUUAAAAAUCCACUUAUUGAAAACAACUAUGGUUUUUAUGUAUAUUCUUUAAUUUUUUUCCAUAUUGAUAUUAGUAUUUUACAUAAUGGCAAACAAUUUGAUUGUAGAUACCAUGAACCUGUUUACAGUAAUAUUAUCAUGGUUAGUCUUUACGCUAAUCCAUUUGGGUUUAUUGGGGUGGAAACACUACUCUAUUAUUUACCCAAUAUACAAGACUUAUUUUCUCUUGAAACAUGUAAAAUGAUUCUAUUCUAGUAUUAAAAAGUUUUUAAAUAAAAUAAAAAUAUUAUUUUACUUAGUUUAAUAUUUUGUUUGAUUAAUUAUAUCUAGGACUUGGAACAUUUAAGUUCAAUAAGUCACAAGCUCUACUAAUAUCUAUAUUAAUUUCUUUUAUAGUUAUUAAGAGUUAAAAUGCAUAGUACUUAAGAUGAAAAGAUAGAUUAAAGUAAUAAGAUAUUAUGUUUUAGAUAAAAAGUGAUUGUAAUUAGACUACUUCAAUGUAUAUAAAAAAUAUAAGUAUUGUAUGUACCUAUCUACUAAUGAAAUAUAAAUUAAAAGAACAAAAU